GUGCUGCAGUAAAAACAAAAGAAGAGGACAACCCGGAAGCGUCCAAGCCUCCAGUGCUGUUUACCGAGUUGCAGGCACUUCAAGCCAUCCUAAAGCAGACCACCUCUCGCUGGGACGAAGCAGACUGCCGCCAUGUCCUCCCGGAAGAGAUGUGUGCUCGGUGAUAACGGCGAGCAGGCCGCAGAGGAGGCCGGCGGCAAGCAAAGCAGAGCGGACGGCAAGAGACACGUCGCUGCUGUCAUCCUGGCGAGGGGCGGAAGCAAAGGCAUCCCCCUGAAAAACAUCAAGAAGCUGGCCGGGGUGCCGCUUAUUGGAUGGGUGCUGAGAGCUGCUGUGGACUCCAACAUGUUCGAUAGUGUGUGGGUGUCGACAGACCAUGACAAGAUCGAGCAGGUGGCGCUCGCCUGGGGCGCCAAGGUGCACCGCCGCAGCCCCCAAGUCUCGCGCGACUCUUCGUCAUCGCUGGAAACCAUCCAGGAGUUUAUCCAACUCAAUCCGCACGUGGACAUAGUGUGUAACAUCCAGGCCACGUCCCCCUGUCUCCACCCAUUUCACGUGAAGGAGGCCUUGGAGUUAAUCACGCUACAUGGCUUUGACUCAGUCUUCUCAGUGGUCCGCAGGCACCAGUUCCGCUGGCAAGAGGUCAAGAAGGGCUCUGGCGACUUAACCAAAGCAUUGAACCUGGACCCCGCUAACCGUCCUCGGCGUCAGGACUGGGAUGGAGAGCUGUGUGAGAACGGCUCCCUUUACUUCACCACCAAGGAGCUCAUCAUGAACCAGAACCUCCUGCAGGGUGGCAAGGUGUCCUACUACGAGAUGCUUCCAGAGUACAGUGUGGACAUUGACGUGGAUAUCGACUGGCCUGUGGCCGAGCAGAGAGUCCUCAGGUACGGCUACUUCGGCCGAGGAACACCGGAGGUGGUUCGGCUUAUGUUUUGCAACGUAUUGGGAUGUUUGACAGAUGGCAAGAUCUACCUUUCUGUGGCUGGAGAGGAGAUGAUGUCCAUCAGCAGCAGAGAUACGGCUGCCAUUCGCAUGCUGCAGCGAGAGGAAGUGGAGGUGGUGCUGUUGACCUCUCACAAGGACCCGCUGGCGCAGACAUUGGCAGAUAGACUGGCUAAGAGGACGGGCUGCCGGGUGAUGCAGGUGGGAGAAGAGCCUCUUCCUGAUUUGACAUCCAUGCUGGAGUCCAGGAAGCUGAUUUGGAAGGAUGUUGCAUACAUGGGUAACGACAAGCCAGAUGUGGACUGUCUCAACCUGGCUGGGUUGAGCGCUGUCCCCGCAGAUGCCCCCAUGGUGGCUGUCAACGCGUCCAAGUACACCUGUCACUGCCUGGCCGGGAACGGCGCAGUCAGGGAGUUCGCAGAGCACGUUCUGCUCCAGAAGGAAAAGGCCAAGUCUCAGAUGAGGCGAGACCGCAUCAAUUCACAGUAGAACCUCAGAUUGGACCUUUGAAGAAGUUCAUUUGCACUUGCUACUUUGUCUUUUGAAGAUUUGUGUGAAACGUUACUGUUAGUCGAAGUUUGAUGCAGAUGCAUUUGAUUGGAUGUGGGCUCAUCAUAUUUGAGCUAGGCGAUCAUACACGGCAUGCUAAUGCUAGUUAGCUAAUUGAUUCUUCAAAAUCAGUCCUGAUUGUUACCGUUUAUCAUGUUUGUCUUCCCAAAGAUUCGUUAAUGCUGACAUUUGGUGCCAUUUGUUGCUGUGUGAAUUAUUUUAUUAAUCGCUUUGCUCAAUGUUUGCAAUACUAAUAUCACUGAAAUGUUGACAUGAAUAUUUACCUUCUCAGAGGGCUUGACCCCAGUCCAGCGUGGUUGCAUUUGUGUUACUACGGUAACUGCUAUGCAACACAUGUAUCAAUAUGCACGUGCUUUCCAUCCACACAGCUAAGAAUGAAGACAAAUUAAAUUGAGUUAAAAGGGCAAUUAGUCUGAGACCAGCAUAUACAGUGGCUUGAAAAAGUAUUCAUACUCCUUGAACUUUCCCACAUUUUGUCAUGUUCCGACCACAAAUAUAUUUUAUUGGCAUUUUAGAUGAAAGAUCAACACAAAGCGACACACAAUUGUGAAGUAGAAGGAAAAUUGUACAUGACUUUCAAAUAAAAAAAAAAAAAAAACUGAAAAAUGUGGCGUGCAAAAGUAUUCAGCCCCCUUUUCUCUGAGUGCAACAAGUUGCCUUCAGCGGUUGCCUGAUGAUUGCUGAAUGAUCAGCUGUUGACCUAAUGAUCAAAUGGAGUCCACGUGUGUGUUAUCUAACCUUAGAAUAAAUACAGCUGUUCUGUGAGGGCCUCAGGUUUGCUAAGAGGACACUGGUCAGUGAACAGCAUCAUGAAGUCCAAGGAACACACUAAACAGGUCAGGGAUAAAGUUGUGGAGAAGUUUAAAGCAGGGUUAGGUUAUACAAAGAUUUGUCAAGCUUUGAACAUCUCACGGAGCACUGUUCAAUCCAUCAAGAAAUGGAAAGGGUAUGGCACAACUGCAAACCUACCAAGACAUGGCCGUCCACUGAAACUUACAUGCCGAAGAAGGAGAGCACUGAUCAGAGACGCAGCCAAGACACCCACGGUAACUCUGGAGGAGCUGCAGAGAUCCACAGCUCAGGUGGGGGAGUCUGUCCAUAGGACAACAAUUAGUCGCGCACUGCACAAAUCUGGCCUCUAUGGAAGAGUGGCAAGAAGAAAGCCAUUGUUGAAAGAAAGCCAUAAGAAGUCUCGUUUGCAGUUUGCCAGAAGCCAUGUGGGGGACACAGCAAACGUGUGGAAGAAGGUGCUCUGGAGAACUUUUUGGCCUAAAUGCAAAACGUUAUGUGUGGCGGAAACCUAACACUGCACAUCACUCUCAACACACCAUCCUCACUGUCAAACAUGGUGGUGGCAGCAUCAUGCUGUGGGGCUGCCUUUCUUCAGCAGGGACAGGGAAGCUGGUCAGAGUUGAUGGGAAGAUGGAUGGAGCCAAAUACAGGACAAUCUUGGAAGAAAACCUGCUGGAAUCUGCAAAAGACUUGAGAAUGGGGCGGAGGUUCACCUUCCAGCAGGACAACGACCCUAAACAUAAAGCCAGAGCUACAAUGGAAUGGUUUAAAACAAAACAUAUUCCUGUGUUAGGAUGGCCCAGUCAAAGUCCAGACCUAAAUCCAAUCGAGAAUCUGUGGCAAGAUCUGAAAACUGCUGUUCACAAACACUCUCCAUCUAAUCUUGCUGAGCUUGAGCUGUUCUGCAAAGAAGAAUGGGCAAAAAUUCCAGUCUCUAGAUGUGCAAAGCUGGUAGAGACAUACCCCAAAAGACUUGCAGCUGUAAUUUCACCGAGAGGUGGUUCCACCAAGUAUUGACACAGGGGGGCUAAAUACUUUUGCACGCCACAUUUUUCAGUUUAUUUUUAAAAAAAUUUCAAAGUCAUGUACAAUUUUCCUUCUACUUUGCAAGUGUGUCGCUUUGUGUUGAUCUUUCAUCUAAAAUGCCAAUAAAAUAUAUUUGUUUGUGGUCGGAACCUGACAAAAUGUGGGAAAGUUCAAGGGGUAUGAAUACUUUUUCAAGCCACUGUAUCAUGAAUAAUUUAAUAAAACAAAACACUAGUGUGACAAACUUGGCAUGGUUUGAAAGCUAACACCUUUCCAGUGGUGCAAGUAUCAUUCCUCUACCGCUAAAACUCACUGGACAAGAAGCUUCGUUUACUCGUAUUCAGUAGCAAAGAUAGAGUAUGUACAUUUUCACAUCUACAGUAACGGUCAAAGUGUCCUCUUUACUACCAAGAUCACCGCUGUUGACCAGGAGUGUCCAAACUUUUUCCAGCGAGGGCCAUUUUGAUAUUAAAAAAAAUGUAUAUACAGACAAAAAUUUGGGUCACCUUUGUGUUGUCGGUUACAAAGCGUAUUAUUAAUUAUUAGUACCAACAUUUCAGCUUUUCCUUGCUACGUUACACCUUUUGCUUCUUUUCCCCCUCAUUGCUGCUGCUUUUUUGUGUGGGGUUUCUACAAUUUCUACAAUGUGCCACGGGCUAAUAAAAACAAGCUGUGGGCUGCCCUUUAAAAACCCCUGAUGUAGUCCUCAUACAUGCAUUAUUUUUGUAGGAAAAUGGCCCUCUCAAGGCCAGGGUUGAAGAGGUUACAGUUGUAAUGAUGUCAGUACACUGGUUGAAGACUAAUGCGAAGGGGGAGGAAGAAAAACGAUCAGUUAUUCCGACUUGUCGACCGGUGUGAUGAUAAGCGGGCUGUCAUUCUUUCCUGACUUGUUGGUGCACGGGCUGAAGAAGGGGAAGA